AUGAUUGUUUCAGUUGCUGUUGUGCACCGCUUUGGCCCAACAUUGUUGCCAAGUAGAGGACAACGCAGCGACCAGGGUGCAUAUUUUGCUAUUUAUUUUUCAUGUUUUGUUUUGGCUCCUUCUACGCUCUGGGAAGGAGAAGCCUUGUUGCAUGCCUUGGACACGCAAGGGCGAUGGAAAGAAACAACUCAGUGCGAUGCGUGUAAAGACAUAAAUCCAGCCGGUGAACAGCGCACACUCGCCGUUUUCCCGCUCAGCAGUGGUUUUCUCUAUUCGUGUGGGCGUCGGUUGCAGUCCGUGUCCCCGCUCCUGGUAAGUUUCGGGCAGGUUUGCACGUAUGCGUCUCUCCUUUCAUACGCGUCUGUGACUGGAGGGCUUGAGGUGGACAUGAUAUCACUCCUCUAG